AUGUAAAAAAUAAAAUUAGACGAUGAUGAGGAGUUUAACUUUAGAAGGCAGUUUGAAAUUUAAUAAAGAGCAGUAGAGCCAAAACAACUAUCCAAAGUAAUAUGAUGGUUUUAAAUAGUUCAAAGAUAUAUUGAACCAAGCUAUUGAUUUGAACAAGAGGAAGAAAAGUUAAUUGGCAUCUUAUUGGAGAUAAUAAGUAAGUGAGGAAAUAACGAAUAACACACAACAAUAAUUGGAUUUUAUUUAGGAACAGACUGACGAAGUUUUAACCUAUUAAUAAUACUUGAAGACGAAGUUAGAUCAAAUCUUAAAGGCAAAGUUAUUGACAGAGAGGAGAAUAAAUAACUUUAAGGAUAAUCUACGUCAUAUCAAGACUCAGCCUAAUCAUGGUCAAAGAGAAUUAGAUGAUAAAGUUAAGAUGAUGCUCAAGAAAACACAACAUUUUACGAAUCAGUUUUAGAAGGAAAUGGAGAAGUUCAGAAGCUAAUCGGAGAUGAAUCAGGAGGAGUAGUGUCGGGAAGUGGAAAAUAGUGAAUUUGAGAUCAAAGAAAUCUAGUUAAAGGUUAAAAAAUGUAAAUAAAAAAAUUAAGAAUUGUUGCAUUAAAUUCGUAUUUUGACAGAACAGGAAGAAUAGAAAAAGUACAAAUUAUAAGAGUGCUUCAAAAUUAGGGAAUAUAUUGAAUUUUUUAUGGAUGCCAAGUUAAAAGUUUAUGAUUAAAUAUAAGGGAAUCAAAAUCAAUUGGAAGAGUUAGGUUAAUCAUUGCAAUAAUAAAAUGAUAAAACAUUAACAAGAGACGAGAUCUUGAAUCAAGUAGAUGAGUUCUACAAAACACAAGAUAUUGGGGAAUUGACCAAACAAAUUAUCAGUACUUACCAUUAUCUACUUGAACACUAGAAUAUGCAAACGAAUGAAUACAAUUUUUUUACUGAAGAAAANUGUAUAAUGAAGGUAUUGUUACUGGAUUUAUAUGCCAUCUUAUUAUAGAGUAUUGUUAUAUUUGAAUAAUUUGUAAACUUACAAUCUGAAUAGUUGUUUUAGAGUAUAAAUAAGCAAUUAAAUCUUUGA